GGCCUAUGGGAAAUUGCAAUGCCGAGAAAAUGAACACUACAAUAAAGCUAUGAAACAAUGCUGUGCCAGCUGUAUGGAAGGCCAAGUGACGCGCUCGCCUUGUGUCACGGAUGUUGAAAGAGAUUGCGCUAAACCAUGUGAGAGUGACGAGUCUUUCAUUAACUGGAGCCUGGUUCCUCCGCAGUGUGAGACGUGCAAGCAGUGCGCAGCAGCCGACUUCCUUGUACCUGUUCAGCACUGUUCCUCCAGCUCCGAGGCAAUCUGCGAAUGUCAGCCCGGCUACUAUUGUCAGACUCCUGUAUAUAACACGUGUGCCCGCUGCGUGCCUCACACAGAGUGUCCGCCUGGGUAUGGCGCAAGGCGCAGAGGCACAGCUAAGGAGGACACAGAAUGUGAGGUGUGCCCUGGUGGUACCUACUCCAGUGUGACAUCUGCUACAGGAGGAUGUACAUCACACACCAACUGUUCCAAGUUAGAUCAGCGUACCGCUAAGAAGGGAAAUGCCACAGCAGAUGCCAUGUGUCUAGGUCGUGGACUUUCUGUUUCCAUAUCAACGGACAGGAAUAAUCCUCGGGAGAGCACAAGGGUGGAAGACCCUGCAGGGCGAGUCGUCGCUGUGGAGCGAAACGCAAGAUAUACAACGCCUGGGGUGCGCACACUCCAUGUGCUCAGCCAAACCAAAUCUCUGACUUCUUCCAUGCCUGUUACUCCAACCAAAGCUGGUAGUGAUGAUACAGGCAACCUGAACAACGUGUAUAUGGCAGUUGGAAUUACCUGCGUAAUAACCCUACUCAUAGUAUUACUGCUGAUCUGGAAGCAGAAGAUAUGCAGCUUCAAGUUAUGGCUAAUAAUGCGGAAGAACUUCUUCCCGUUGAAGUUUUCUGCAAAUACGCUGGUGACACACCGGGAAGACGGUAACAUGGAGACUUUACUGCAGAGACAAAACUCUACACGCUCCCAGAAUAUUAUUCCCGAGUCCCAUCAAAGGUCAGAGAUCGCGCACAGCGACUGGCUGACGGACGACAAGCCGGAUGGCCAGCCUGGCCGAGACCACCUCAAUAACCGAAUCGAAAAGAUUUACAUCAUGAAUGCCGACACCGUUCUCGUGGGGUCCAUCUCGGAGGUUCCUAACCGGCGGAGAUCAGCAACGUUGGAGAGUGACAGUAAAGAGAGUCCUGUGUCCGCCUCACAUUACCCCCAACAGGAGUCCAGCAAAGUGCCAGUAGAUGAACUCAUGCUUUCUGUAGAAGAGGAAGAGAGCGAGACGCACACAGCUGAACUGGUACUGCCGGUCUAAGGCCUGUGCACCGAGGACUGCCCCCCUGAGCGGACUCUGCCAGGCUCAGUGCAGAUAUAGACAUCUGGGAUCAUCCUAUAGCCUAAGGCCUGUACACCGAGGACUGCCACCCUGAGCGGACUCUGCCAGGCUCAGUGCAUAUAGAGAGACAUUGGGGAGUCUGGAAUCACAUCUGGGAUCAUCCUAAGGCCUGUGCACUGACCCUGACAGAUAUAGAGACAUUGGGGGGCUGCAGAGGAAUCAUGUCUGGGAUCAUCCUAUAGCCUGAGAUAGACAAAUACAUUCGGGCACUGACGAGGAUGAGUUGGCUGUGGGUUAUUGCUCAUAGACCGGGGCGUUCCAUCUGACACUAGCAAACAUGGCCUAGGAGGAGUGUUCCAAGGAUGGAACUGUCCAGAUAGCGUACACUGAGCAGAUUGCGCUAAUCUGGUCCAGUCACAGCAGUAUCCUCUGGCAUGGCUAAGCACUGAUGCACUGGCUUGCUCAGAGGUUUUGAGAUAAACUUUCAGGUACUCUUAGAAGAGAAACUGCACCGGCCCCUAUCACGCUGCUGGUUAUAGUGGGAAUGCACAUUACACUGCAGAGAGCGGGGACCCCCGGAACACAAGACGGAAGGCGCAGAGACCUAUCACCCUGUACUGUGUAACACGGGCUGAUGCUUUGUAUGUACAGCUGCUGUCACCAAAGUGUAAAUAUAUUAUAUAUAUACUGUAGUA